CUGUGGUCAGUGACAUCACGGGACAAAAGCUCUUCCUCAUUCAAAGUGACUCACUGACGUUUCAGCCAUACAAGGUUGUUGGUAAGCUUUUAAAUUUGGAGAAAUGUCCUGUAAGUGAGGUCGGCACUAAGAGUUGUGCUUAGUUCAAGGAAGUAAAAAAUACAAUGGCUCCUUUGAUGUUUAAGGAUGCUUUCUGGGGGUCUGACAUCACUUGCCACGCUGGGUAUGAAGCCGUGACCCAAAGGUUACGAGAUGGAAGGCAAAUGUGCAAAGAUGUGGAAGAGCUAUUGAAGAUGAGGGCACUGGCAGAGGAAAAGUAUGGAAAGGAACUGGUGACUAUUGCUCGCAAAGCUGGAGGACACAUAGAGAUAAGCACUUUGAGGGCAUCAUUCGAACAACUAAAAACUCAAAUUGAGAACAUUGGAAACUUUCACAUCCAACUAUCUGAUAUAUUGAAAGAGGAGGUGAAAAAGAUUGAGAGUUUCAGAGAACGUCAGAAAGAGCAGAGGAAGAAGUUUGAAAGCAUCAUGGAGAAGGUUCAAAAGAAAAAAGUUUCAUUCUUCAAGAAGACCAUGGAGUCUAAGAAGAACUAUGAGGUGAAGUGCAAGGAGGCCGAUGAGGCAGAGCAGGGGGCUGAGAAAACAAAUGCUACGUCCAAAAACCCUGAAAAGGUACGUCACAAGAUAAAGCAAUGCAGGCAGGCGGCCAAUGAUGCUGAGAAGGUGUAUUUUAACAACAUUGUUCAACUAGAAGCUGUUCGCCAGGACUGGGAGGGGACACACAAAAGUACAUGCGAGGUGUUCCAACAGUUGGAGGGAAAUCGCAUCAGCAUGCUCAGGUGUGCUCUCUGGGACCACUGCAAUCAUUUCUCCAUGCAAUGUGUCAAAGAUGAUGAGUCUUACGAGGAGGUGAGGAAAUUUCUGGAACAGUGUGACAUUACCAAAGACAACAACUCUUUCAUAGAAAUGAAAGGCACUGGAUUGAAGCCACCAGAGCCCAUAGUGUUUGAAAGCUAUUACAAGACGGGGACAGUCAGGGACAACAAUGGCCAAGCUCAUUCUGUAGGAGGAGAAGAAGAUCCCUCAAAGAGGUGUUCUGAUCCCCUGCUUGGAAGGUCUCUGAACAUUGGCAUGGACAGUCCACUCAGCCCACGAUCUACACUGUCAUCCAUUGGAGAAUUUCAGCUUUCAGAUGACGGAUAUGCACCCCUUCCAUGCAUUCACCAAGAAGUGCCACUGUCCACGGGUCCACCUGAUGAAAUCUUCUAUGUUGUGCUUUAUCAAUACACUGCAAAGGAAGAAGAUGAGCUAUCUGUGAGCCGAGGAGAAGUAGUUCGAGUGCUGGACCAAGAACAAAAUGGGUGGUGGACGGUGGAGAGGAAUGGGUUUAGUGGACUGGUGCCAGGAAAUUAUCUAGGCAAAAUUUAAACAUGUACGCAAAUACAGUAAUUUUCUUUAUAUCUCAGGAGAAAUUCAAUUUAUUUAUAGUAAUUUCAUGAAAAAGAACCGUAAAUCCAAUUCUUACUUGCCUGCCCCUUUACCUUAAAAAAGUAGUUCACAAAAUGUGGGUGGGCUAUUUCACUGAUAAUAUGCAACUUUAUUUAAGUAAAAUGCUAUGUGCAUCAUUUUUUAUCGUUAAUAUAAUUAAUCAAAUUAAAUACUGUGGGGGGUGGGGGGGUUAUAGCUUAUGAUAUAGAGCAUGCAAAAAAAAAGAACUUUGAGAACCACUGCCUUACAAUGAGUUUUAUCAUAAAAUGCAAUAAUUUAUGUUAUUGGUAUCUGAUUUUUGCCCCCAGAAUGACUGGUUUUGGGGGACAAACACACUGUGAUUGUGUAAACACAAUUGUGCCCCCACAACAUGCGUGGUAUACACAGAACAACAGUUGCAAAUGCAAGAAAGUAGACACAAAGAAUGUCAACACAUCAAAACAGAUGUCUCAUAUGCUUAAAAACUUGCACGCUUGCAAAGACACACACCAAAGCGAACACAUGCCACACACAAUACAGCCUACAGACACACACAUUUUUGCCAGGCUUUUUUUCCCAAGUGCUCUUACAAUACUGGCUAACAUGAAAAACUAACCAAAAACCUGAACUAAAAAAGAUCAUUUAGUAAGCAGUAGACUACCUAAGCAAUUAAUGCAAGUUAAAGGAAAUGCAUUCACCAGCUUAUAUCAGCCUCAUUGUUUAAACUGGUUUGGAUAAUCAGUAUAGCUAUACUGUUUAUCUCAUCUUUAGUUCCUAUACUUGUAAUAUAUGACUAAAGAAUGGUUAGCCAUCUACUUUAGAAAACCAAUGAAGAAUUUUAAAAUUCCCUUCAUUCAGUCAAGUUACCAUGUUUUCAACAUGAAUCUGUAUGUUACUAAUAGUAGCAAACUAGUACUGCACCAGUACAUUCUAAGCACUGUAACAUCACAUACUUUUUUCAUUAAAAUUUGAACUUAAAUGACUUGUGAUAAGAUGAAUCAUCUUAUUCAUCUCAAAUGACAAGAAAACAGAAUGAGUACCAUGUGUAAACCACCAGUGACUGCUAAGUUUAACAGCAUUAAGCAGCCACAUAUAUACAGCGGAAAUGUAUAUGCUUCUGGCUGUCAAUCCUUCUUUGUUUAGAAAUGCAGUUUGUGACUAAACUAUGACAUAGUCUUUUAAAUCAUCCAUUUAUUUGGUGCACAUGUGAGCUGGUGAAAAUAGAGGGCUGGAUUUCUAGGAAAAGGAAGGUUUUCAUAGAACUCUAUGCUGUCCUUAACAACUGAGUACAAAUUAUGAUUCACUACCUUGUAGAAUCACCUUUAGCAGCAAUAACAUGAAGUAAUCGUUUUUAUACUUCAUCCGUUUCUCACGCUGUUGUUGAAGACUCAUCGUUACAACAUUGCUUCAGUUCAUUUAGGUUUGUGAGCAUUUGCUCACACACAGGUCUCUUAAGGUCCAGCCACAGCAUUUCAGUCAUGUUGAGGUCUGGACUUUGCAACAUAUUUUCUAUUUCAGCCAUCCUGCUUAUGUGUUUGGGAUCAUUAUCCUAUUGCAUAGCCCAGUUUUGGCCAAGAUUUUGCUGUCGGACAGAUGGCCUCACUCUUGACUCUGGUGUUCUUUGAAAUACAAUGGCUGCAAAAUGAGCCCAAAUUAUCAGCCCUCCAAAACCAUGCUUAACAGUGGUAUGGGGUGUUUGUGCUGAUGCGCAGUUGGCUUCCAAUAAAUGUGCCCCUUUGCAUUAUGACUAGGCAUCUCUCUUUGGUCUUGUUCUGGAGGUCUUUUGGUUUGCUCAAAUACAACUUUGCAAACCUAAACUAUUAUUCCAUCUUCUCCCUACAAUUCUUCCAAACAAGCCAUACUCGUUCAGGAAUUGUACUGUCAGGAACUUAGAUAUAACACCCUAAAUGAGGAAUGUAGCUCUUGGCCUUUUGCAAUUUUUCUAAGUACUGCAUGGUCAGACUUUGGGUGAAAUUGCUGGGGAAUUUACUAGAUGUGGUCUUGUAGCGUUAACAUAACAAAACUAAAUGCUCCAAAUUAGUAAUCUGCCAAAACUUCUUCUUUUACAGAGGUGGUCACACUUGCUGAUGAUCAGUUGCAUUUGAUUAGCAGCACCAGGCUGAUAAUUACCCACUGUGUAAUGUGUUUUUCACAGGACUGCAUAAAAUCCUGCAAAAACGUUCCUUUUCAUAUGACUGUAGUAAUCAUCAUUUAUAUCUGCUGUACAUAAAAGUUUUUCUGUAAACCUCCCACAGACCAUCAGCUACAAAAGUAGCACAUACAGAUGAACAAACUACUAGAAUAAACUAUUUUUAUGCUUGUCAAGUGACGGCACAUUUAAACAUGUUUAAUAUAAUUCCAUGCGCCUGAUGAUAUAGCCAUAUGAUAUUGCUUGUUUAAGUACUUUGUGUCGGUUUGGGUUUUUUUGGUAGCAUAUUUACUGUCACGUGAAAAAAAAAAUUAAAAGAAUCCAGUUGAGGUGUA